CCAAGGGCAGAAACUUCCAAACGAAAGAUUUUUUUUCGAGUAAUUCAAUUCGUCCUUUCAAUUCCCCCUCCCACUCCCAGAUUCUUUCAUUUCGCGGUCCGCUACAAGGCUGGCUGCAUUUUAUCCCACCAUCACAACGUCUCACUUACUUCUCAAACGUAUCUUCUCUUCUUUUCAACCAACAUCGUACUCUCCAGCAGCAACCUCUGCUUUUUUAAACAAUAACGAGAGCCUACUUAACUGUACGGUUCUAUUCAUAAAUCAAAAGAGAUCCUACGCAAAAAAGAAGAGCAGAAUGCCUCCAAAGAAGGUCGUCGAGGAGAAGAAGGUGUUGCUGGGCAGACCUGGUAACAACUUGAAGAGUGGAAUUGUAUUUCUCUCUUCAUUCUAGUUGUCUAAGACAUGAACUGACUCCAAAAAUAGGUCGGUCUUGCAAAUGUCGGCAAGUCAACACUCUUUCAAGCUAUUACCAAGUGCUCCCUUGGUAACCCCGCAGUAAGUUUCACAGGCCCGAGUUCAACAUUUAUAUUAUCAAACCUAACGCUAACGUCAACAAGAACUUUCCUUUUGCAACUAUCGAUCCAGAAGAAUCUCGUGUCAUUGUGCCCGAUGAUAGAUACGAAUGGCUUUGCGAGAAGUACAAUCCUAAAUCCAGAGUUCCAGCACAUCUCACAAUUUACGACAUCGCCGGUUUAACUAGAGGUGCAUCAAAGGGUGAAGGUCUCGGAAACGCUUUCUUAUCGCAUAUUCGUGCUGUUGAUGCUAUCUUCCAAGUCGUCCGUUGUUUCGAUGAUGCCGAGAUUAUUCACAUUGAAGGAGAUGUUGACCCUGUCCGAGAUUUGACUAUUAUCAGCGAUGAACUUCGUAUCAAAGAUAUUGAGUUUGUCGAGAAGGCACUGGAGGCCCAAAAGAAGUUGACUCGAAGAGGUGGUCAAUCCCUUGAGAUGAAAAAGCUCAAGGAGGAGGAAGCCACCAUCGAAAAGGUUUUGGCUAUGCUCAACGAUGGAAAGGAUGUCCGAAAGGGUAACUGGUCACCAAAAGAGGUAUGUGUCAAGUUUUCAUCAACGUCUCCUUACUUCCUAAAUGAUGACAAAAGGCCAUGAGGCCUGAUAAUCCCAGCUCGUCGAGUGCCUCACAACAAACGCAGAGUGCAUACUGAGAGAGAAACCCUGUUCUGAUAUUUCGAUAAUCCACCACAUUUUUGAAUGAUUUGUUUGAGCUAUAUACUUACUUAAUUCUUCACAGAUCGAAUGCAUUAAUCCUCUCUUCCUUUUGACUGCUAAGCCAGUCGUCUACCUCAUUAACUUGAGUGAGAAGGAUUACAUUCGAAAGAAGAACAAGCAUUUGGCAAAGGUUAUGGAAUGGAUCAAGGAAAAUGCAGCUGGCGAUCCAAUUAUGCCAAUCUCCAUCUGCCUUGAGGAGCGAUUGACUCGAUUCGCUACUGAAGCCGAGGCUAAAGAGGAACUUAAGACUUUGGGUGUUGAAUCCGCUUUACCUAAGAUUGUUACCGCCAUGAGAAAGGUUUUGGAUCUUGGAAGUUUCUUCACUACAGGUACAGAUGAAGUCCGUCAAUGGACUAUCAGAAAUGGCACCAAAGCACCACAAGCUGCAGGAGUCAUUCACGGUGACUUCGAAAAGACCUUUAUUCAAGCUAUCGUAUACAACUUCAGCGUAUUGAAGGAAUUCAAUGGAGAUGAAGCUGAGAUUAAAGCCAAGGGAAAGGUUAUGACUAAGGGUAAAGAUUACGUUGUUGAAGAUGGAGGUAAGGAGAUUAUGUUCUAUUUUCGUCUUGAGUUAUCACUAAUCAUGUGUAGAUAUCUUAUUGAUCAAGGCCGGUGCUGCAAAGGGGUAGAUGCAUUAUAUCAAAAUACCAAUUCAAUGAAGUUAUGUCAAUAUUUGAGUUUGAAUUUCUCAUUACUAGCAUGUG